AUGCGGGCAGACGCGGGUCAGGACUCGGAUAGUGGUUGUUCCUAUGGGAUGAAGCUCAGCUGGGACAUCAACGACCCUCAGAUGCCACAGGAGCCCACCCACUUCGACCACUUCUGUGAGUGGCCCAAUGGCUACGUGCGCUUCAUCUACAGCAGCGAGGAGAAGAAGGCGCAGCGCCACCUGAGCGGCUGGGCCAUGAGAAACACCAACAACCACAAUGGCCACAUCCUCAAGAAGUCCUGCCUGGGAGUGGUGGUAUGCGCACGCGCCUGCGCCCUACCCGAUGGCUCCCGCCUGCAGCUGCGUCCUGCCAUCUGUGACAAGGCCAGGCUCAAACAGCAAAAGAAAACGUGCCCCAACUGUCAUGCCUCUUUGGAGCUGGUUCCUUGCCGAGGGCACAGCGGGUACCCUGUAACCAAUUUCUGGAGGCUGGAUGGCAACGCGAUAUUUUUUCAGGCCAAGGGAGUUCAUGAUCACCCAAGACCAGAGAGUAAAUCAGAGACAGAAACUAGAAGAAGUAUGCUCAAGAGGCAGAUGGCCUCUUUCUACCAGCCACAGAGAAAGAGAGUCCGAGAAACCCAGGCAGGACAGGACCAAGAUGCCAGGGGACAUUUCCACAGCAUGCCUCCCCUGGAGGCCCCUGAGCUAUUUGAUAUAAUGUCUGACACCGGCUUCCCAAUUCCAGGGCAGUCUGGCCCUUCCUUCCCAAACACUGAGGCUGCUGGAGCUAACUACGACCUGGCUUCCUUUCAAGAAGACACGACACUCCCCUUUCAGAAAUGUCCAAACCCAAGGAUCUAUUUGCCUCGGUCCUCUUGCAGCUAUGAAUUUGUAAAUUCUGGACAGACAAAUUCAAGCCCAUAUCUGACUCUUUGCAAUGACUCUACGGAUAUCCUUAAGGACACAGACCUGGUUCAUCUGAACACACUACAAUAUGAUGUCAACGCCCAUAGCAACUACGAAAGAAGCUUUGACUUCAAUCAACAGCAUGGCUGGAAACCAACUCUUGGAAACGCUGGUCCUGAGGACAGGACUGACCAUGGACAAUGCCAGGCCAAAGCCACAUGCCCUUAUUCUAACCCAGAGCAGCCCUGCAGGUACCUGACCACCCCACCAGCCCUGCACACAGUCAUCACCACCACCACCAAAGUGUCCUGCCAGGCCUACCAGCACCCUGUUCUGAGACACAGUGACAGUGGGCAAGAGGUGCCUGGCCUUUCCAGCUGUAACUAUGCUGCUGAAAAUGUCACGAUCUCCAUUUAUCCAGAAACCCUGGACCCUACAGCCUCGAUCACCAGGCCAGCUUCUCCAGCAGGAAAAGUCCCUUUGAAAAUCUCAGGGGACUGCUGGACUCUCAUACCCACUUUGGCUUUUCCUCAACAGGCAGCCUCCUCCAAGAUAGACAGGAUAGACGAGUGGGAGGCGUGUCUGUCCGGGCUGGGCUCUGAAGUCAGUUAUUUGGAUAGAGCGGGUCCUCUUUUUACCUUUGGCAAUGAGGAUUUAUGA